AUGGAUGAUAGUAUAGUGCGGGCGUGUGCCCAGCUAAAGUUGACAGACGACGAACAAUUAGCGAUCAACCUCGAAGAUGUUGUUGACGAGGUUAUUGAGGAAAAGUCCGAAUUAUGUGUGGUGGGAAAACUUCUUACCAAGAAACCAUACAAUCUUAACCAUAUGAGGAAUGCUCUUGCAAGCGCUUGGCGUUUGGCAAGGGGUUUCAAUCUCAAAGAUGUCGGAGAUAAUCUUUUCGUUUGCGAAUUUUUCUCGAAGGUGGAUAAGAGUCGGAUUCUGAAGGAGGGGCCUUGGCAUUUUGACAAACAAAUAAUCUUGUUUGAAUCGCUCAAUGGCAAUAUGCAGCCAAACAAUAUGCUACUGACUGGAUGCCCAGUUUGGGUUCGAAUUUACGACCUUCCUCUUAACUGUAGAGGAAAGGCAGCGGUGAGUAAAAUUGGUGGAAGGAUUGGCAGAAUACUGGAAUGGGAUGAUGAGGAAGGGGUGGUGUGGAACAGAUACAGUCGUAUUCGAGUGGUGAUUGACACCUCAAAACCUUUGAUGCGUGGAAUGAAAGUCAUUAAUUCUUUGGGAGAGCACUCGUGGAUUGGUUUUAAAUACGAACGGAUACAGAAUUACUGCUAUUGGUGUGGGAUGCUAGAUCAUUUAGAAGUGGAAUGUGAAACCAAACCUGAACAGACGGAGGUGUCGGAAUGGCCAUAUGGGCCGGUUUUACGAGCAACGCCUCGCAAGCGUAGAAUGAUGGGAUGCAGGUCGAUGCCGAAUGGGAGUAGUAUGAACCAUGAGGGACAAUCAAGCGAUGCGAUGUCGAAGUCUCAGAAUACAGGGUCAGUUAGGCGAUCAUUAUAUAUGGAAGGAGAAGAUGAUAACGAGGUGGGUGUUGUAAAUGAUGAGGAACGGCAGAAAGGUGGAACAGAAAAUGCGCAUGUUACUGUCUCUACCCCUGAAAUCAAUGCAAUUGAAGUUGUAGAUGCUAAUUUGGAAGGACUGGUGGAAGUCAAUGUUAACCAAGGGGAUUUGGAUUUGGUAGAGGGCAGAUUGCAUACUUCAGGUAGUAGCCGUCAGGACAAACAUACAGGAAGCAAUGGAAAAAAGAAGACAUGGACCCGCAGCAAGUUGACAAGAAAGGGUGUGAGGGAUAGUAAUGGAGGAGGCAGCAAGGUGAUUCCCACCAAACGGUUUCACCAUGCUAGUCAAGAGGAACAGGAUUCGAUCAAUCUUUUCUCAAAGAAGAUUAGAGAUGGAUUGUCGGAUAAGUUUGGAGGUAUUGAGAUAUCGGCGGAGACUGCUAAGCAGUCUCGCCGGACGCAAUGA